AUGGAAUUUCUCUUCCUAGCUACUACACACACCACUAGUAAUAGAUCCAUUAAGGUGAAGGUAAAGUGGCACCCACCCCCUCAAAAUUGGUAUAAGAUAAACAUUGAUGGAGCUUUCACUGAAGAAAAUCUACAUGGUGGCAUAAGUGGAUUCAUAAGAACCAAUAGAGGAAAAUGGAUGCUAGGAUAUUACAAAAAAUGUGAAUGCAUAACCCCAAUCCAUGCUGAACUGCUGGCCUUUCGACAAGCAUUGGAAACGAUUAUGCAAGGAAAUUUUAUACCAUGUGAAAUAGAAACGGACGCUACUGAGGUCAUACGUUUCAUGGAUGAAGAUUAUCCUACUUACAAUAGUUUGCUUAAUGAGUGCAGGUACUUCAUGGCGAAGCUAAUGGAGAUUGGGGAGAUCAGACUGAAGCAUAACUUUCGCGAGGGGAACAAAGUUGCACACCAACUAGCCAAGGAAGCACUACUUUAUCCUAGCUAUAAUAUUACUAGCUAUUUUGCGGAGCCUCCUAAUUUUGCUCUUAAUGUGUAUUCAGCUGAUAAGGAUGGUGGACGCCUGACUGCCGUACUGUAUUUGAGAUGUUGCCCUUUUCUCCAGGUGGGCACCUGA